AUGCGAUUGGUGGGAAUUGAAAGGUUUCCGGUGAUGUGGAGUUGUCAGUGCCGGGCGGGUAACAUGGCUUCCCUCAGACUGUCUGUGCUCGUGUCGCUCGUGUCCGUCUCAUGGCUGCUGCUGCUGGUGUCGGGCUUCCGCGCUGGGCCUCGCACUCUCGUCUUACUGGAGAACAUCAACUUGCGGGAGACGCACUCUCUCUUCUUCCGCAGUCUCACCGACAGAGGAUUUGACCUGUCCUUCAAAACAGCUGAUGAUCCCAGCUUGUCCCUCAUCAAGUACGGGGAGUUCUUGUACGACAAUCUAAUCAUCUUUUCCCCCUCCGUUGAAGAUUUUGGGGGGAACAUCAAUAUCGAGACUAUCAGCUCAUUUAUCGAUGGAGGUGGAAGUGUGCUGGUGGCAGCAAGCUCGGAUAUCGGGGACCCUCUGCGGGAGCUGGGCAGCGAAUGUGGCAUUGAGUUUGAUGAAGACAAAACAGCUGUGAUUGACCAUCAUAACUACGAUAUCUCAGACCCGGGCCAGCACACACUUAUUGUGGCCGACUCUGAGACUCUACUGAAGGCUCCAACGAUUGUGGGAAAGACUCCUCCGAACCCCAUUCUCUUCAGGGGUGUUGGCAUGGUAGCUGAUCCAGACAAUCCUCUAGUACUGGACAUUCUAACUGGGUCUUCCACUUCCUACUCCUUUUUCCCAGAUAAGCCAAUCACACAGUACCCACAUGCUGUAGGAAAGAACACGCUCCUCAUUGCAGGGCUGCAGGCCAGAAAUAACGCCCGUGUUGUAUUCAGCGGCUCCCUGGAUUUCUUCAGUGAUGCCUUUUUCAACUCUGCUGUACAGAAAGCAGCCUCCAGCUCCAACAGGUAUGCCAAAACCGGCAACUAUGAACUGGCUGUGGCCCUGUCCCGCUGGGUGUUUAAGGAAGAGGGAGUCCUGAGAGUUGGGGAAGUCUCCCAUCACCGCGUAGGGGAAUCCUCUCCUCCCAGUGCUUACACCGUCACCGACCUUGUGGAAUACAGCAUCGUGAUUGAAAAGCUUUCUGAUGGAAAGUGGGUGCCCUUCGAUGGGGAGGAUAUCCAGCUGGACUUUGUCCGAAUCGAUCCAUUCGUCAGGACCUUCUUGAAGAAAAAUGGAGGGAAGUACAGUGUCCAGUUCAAGCUCCCAGAUGUUUAUGGUGUUUUCCAGUUCAAGGUGGAUUAUAACAGGCUGGGAUAUACUCACCUGUACUCGGCCACACAGGUAUCUGUGCGCCCCCUCCAGCACACACAGUACGAGCGUUUCAUCCCCUCGGCCUACCCAUACUACGCCAGCGCCUUCUCCGUCAUGUUCGGACUCUUUAUAUUCAGCAUUGUCUUCCUACACAUGAAGGAGAAGGAGAAAUCUGACUAAGACUCAGUAGAGCACUGUGUAAAAUCUCCACUAGAGGGAGCAACACCUGAGAUUCAUUGACUGGGGCCGGAAUUCAGAUCUGAUUUGGGAUGGUUGUUGGUUUAAAAAAAAAUAAAAAAUUAGCAAAAUUAACUUUUACUGUGCCGCACUGAGAGGGAGCGUCCGGCCGCAGCACAGAUGGGGUUAAUCAUCAGAGGGGAGAGCGUGAAUUUCACCCGUCCAGGGAACCCGCACUCAUCACAUUCCCCAGCAGUCGGGCUUAUCAGUCAUUGGUUUGUGUAACUGGAUGUAUUUUUAUUUCUUACUUCUUUUUAUCAUUGGACUGUGAUGAUGGGCACUUGAACCUUUGUAAUAAACUCUCAUCCUCCCCC